UAUAACAAGAUACGCAGGUAAAAUAUUUGUGCCAAAAAAUGCCACUUUUUAGCAAUAAGUUUUCUGCUAAAACAAUACCAGUAAGGCGGCAGGAUACUUCAGUAAUUAAAAAUGAAUUCGGCAGCGACUACGCAGCUAAAGAAUUGUCCAUAGACCUCGCUCCACUGAAACUAAAAUUAGGUGAUUUUGAAGUAUCUUUUGAAGAAGGACAGUGGAUUCCAGCUUCAGGAAAAGCUGGAGCAGCACAUAAAGAAAACAUUAAACUUAAAAAGGAGUUGGAGCAACUAGAAGAAGAGAAUAAUAUGUUGCGGUUGAAAUUCGAAAUCCUUCUCGACAUGAUGACGGAUAAAACUGUAGAGGCAGAACAGCAAGAGUUGCAGCGCGCUCAAAGUUUAGGGAACAUUAAUAAGAAGAGUAAGAAGAGGUGGUAACUAUAUUUAACAAGUGUCAAUCUUUAGACUUCAAUAAUAUUAAUUAGUAAGGGUAACAACUUUUGGGAUAAUAAAGUUAAAUAAAAUAAAAUUAAUCCAAACAAAAUUGUAUGUAAUAUAAAAACUAUGCUUACAAACUAAAUAUACAAGUAGUACCACGUCUCUUUUCGAUUCCACACUUGGAAUCAACUAGAGUUCACUUUAAGCCACUGUGAUUUUAUAAGUGAAAUAGUAAAUACAUGAAAUGUAAAGUAUUUUAUAGCAUUUUAAUAAUUUCUACUGUAAGCUAGGACACCUAUUUCUUCUAUGUCCUUCUUGUUUGCAAUGAGAACACCGGCGGGGUGCGCUGGCCCGCGGUCCGCCGCGGCCUCGGGUAGUAGCGCUGCCGCCAGCUCCCCAAUCUGUAAUUAAUUUAAUUAAAAGUAAGAAAAAAAAUACCGAAAAGGCUCUAAGUACUUUUAUUAUAAUUUCGAGUGUUAAUUUUUAGGGGCGAAGCUCAAAUCGUGGUAGAAGUCCCUUAACAUUUUGUCUUUUUGUUAGCUCUGUCUAAAAUUUCAAUAGGCUACGAAAAAGUAACUACCUAGACAUAGAUAAUAUCCUGUGGCGAAUAGAACUUACCAGUCUGUGCAGUGGCUCCUUCAUCUCCCCAUUGGAAGAAAUUGCACCGUGAAGUAUAAUCCUUGGGGCAUGAAUAAAAAGUGCGCCCUUUGUUUACGCCUUCUUUAUGAACUGUUAACCUGAAAAUUAAUGUUUUAAACUUAAAAUUUAACAAAUAAAAUGAUACCAUUGGGAAA